AGCCUGCCAUAAUUCACUCCACCUCUCAUCUCUCAUUCUCUAUAUACGCGGAUCAAAAUCUGAAAGUACGACUCUCGUACAGAUACAGAGUAUAGUUACAGUGAAUAACAGACAUGGCCAACGGAAUUAAUGGCUUGAAAUUCGAGCAGAAGCACGGCAAGGCCAGGGUGAGAGUCGCUAGGGUUUGGAAGAACGAAGAUGGCCGCCAUUUCUUCGUCGAAUGGAGCGUCAACGUCAGCCUCCUCUCCGAUUGCCUUCCCGCCUAUGAUCGCGGCGACAAUUCCAGUAUCGUCGCCACCGAUACCAUGAAGAACACUGUAUACGUGAAAGCAAAGGAACAUACAAAACAAAUUGCAGUGGAGGACUUUGCAAUUGGACUUGGCAAGCACUUCACAUCCUUUUAUCAACCGGUUACCACUGCCAUCAUUAAGAUAGUGGAAAAACCAUGGGAGCGUAUAUGCAUAGAUGGUCAACCACAUGAUCAUGGUUUUAAACUUGGAUCUGAGAAGCAUAUAACAGAAGUUAUCGUAGAGAAAUCUGGCAACUUGCAGGUGACUUCUGGUAUUGAAGGACUGGCAGUGCUGAAGACAACCAAGUCAGGAUUUGAAGGAUUCAUAAGGGACAAAUACACAAUAUUGCCUGAAACACGAGAGAGAUUGCUGGCAACAGAAGUCACUGCAUCAUGGAGAUACACUUUUGAAUCUCUAUCAAGCAUUCCUUUGAAGCCACUUUACUUCACUGAGAGAUACCAGGAUGUGAAAAAAGUUUUGGUUGAGACUUUUUUUGGUCCACCACAAGUUGGAGUUUACAGCCCAUCUGUUCAGAGCACUCUUUAUCACAUGGCAAAGGCUGUUCUUGACAGGUUCCCUGAUAUAUCGUCGGUCCAUUUGGAAAUGCCAAAUAUCCAUUUCCUGCCAGUUAAUUUAUCAACCAAAGAUAAGCCAGCUAUUGUUAAGUUUGAAGACGAUGUAUAUCUACCAACCAGUGAACCGCAUGGAACAAUUGAAGCAAGCUUGAGCCGCAUCCGGUCAAAGAUGUAGAUGCUGCUAAAGAAGUGGUUUCUGUUUAUCUAUCGAAAAAUAAAAAAUAAAAAUAAAAGAAUAAAGAGAAAUAGUUUGCUGUUAAAAGUAUGGCUUGUGGAUUUUCUUCAACUCUGCUUCAUCCUAUGAUGAAAUGUGUUUAUUUUAUAUAUUUAUAUAUAUACUUUUAUCAUCGACAA